AUGGCUAAUGCAGUGAAUGAAGGUCUUGACGAUGUGGUUAUAGUAUCUGCUGUUCGUACACCAAUUGGUUCAUUUAAUGGAUGCUUAUCGGCUCUAAAAGGUCAUCAGCUUGGAGCCGUUGCAAUCAAAGCUGCACUGUCAAGAGUUAGUGCUACGAUCAAGCCAGAUGAAAUCAGUGAAGUUUUCAUGGGUCAAGUAUUGACCGCCAAUGAAGGACAAAAUCCAGCACGGCAAGCAGCUCGUGGUGGUGGUUUACCAUAUACAAUUCCAGCGACGACGGUCAAUAUGGUUUGUGGCUCAGGCAUGAAAGCAAUUGUUUUAGGUGCCCAAGCAAUUCGCACAGGUGAUGCAACAAUUGUUGUGGCCGGAGGUCAAGAAAGUAUGAGUCAGGCACCACAUUGUAUACCAUUGAGAAACGGUAAAAAGAUGGGAGAUACUACCCUUAUCGAUUCAAUGGUACAUGAUGGAUUAACAGACGCAUUUAAUCAUGUUCAUAUGGGUAUUACAGCGGAAACUGUGGCACAAACAUGUGAUGUAACAAGAGAAGAACAAGAUGAAUUUGCUUUGUCUUCCCAGCGUAAAUGUGACGAAGCGAUGACACUUGGACACUUCGACGCGGAAAUCGAACCAAUCGUUCUCGCUACGGCAAAAUCUGAGGUACAUAUUAAAACUGACGAGUAUCCUCGUAAACAAACAACGCUUGCAGGUCUAACAAAUCUAAAAACUGUUUUUAAAGAGGCUGGAACAGUAACUGCUGGCAACGCAUCAGGCUUGAAUGAUGGAGCUGCUGCUGUUGUCCUUUGUUCGAACCGUACCGCUAAAUUGAAACAAUUACCACCGCUGGCGCGAAUUGUUUCAUAUGGACAAUCUGGCAUUGAUCCACUUCUUAUGGGUUUAGCACCAGUAGGUGCAAUUAAAGAUGCGUUAACCAAAGCUAAAUGGGAUAUUGAAACAGUCGAUUUAUUUGAACUAAACGAGGCAUUUGCUUCUCAAUCCGUAGCAGUCAGCAAAGAACUUCGUAUUGAUCCCAAAAAACUAAAUGUAAAUGGUGGUGCCAUCGCUCUUGGUCAUCCGCUUGGUGGCUCCGGUGCUCGAAUACUUGUCACACUGAUUCAUACAUUGAAACGUACAGGUUUGAAACGAGGAUGUGCUGCUCUGUGUAUCGGUGGUGGUCUCGGUAUUGCAAUGUGUAUUGAAAUCUAUUGA